AUGGCAAAGAUCUCCUUCUUGCUUUUCGUCGUGGCCCUUAUCGCCUUUCUCAACGUUUAUGAAGCUCGCCGCGUGGUAAAAAUCGAUGAAGCACUUGCAAAUGACUUGCUUAAAGCCGAAGCCAUGAUCGAGGAAGAUUUAAAGGCCAAGAAAACGAGCAUUCAAGAUUUGUCAUCUGAGGUGAAAACGUUGAGCAAAUCUGAACAUAUGCUCAAUCAACUCGGAGAUGCUUACAAAAAGAAUAUGGAUCUAGCUCCUUACGAAAAGAAACUCAAAAAGUUCAGCAGGGUAGUUAAAGUUAAGAAGGCACCUGCGAAAAACAAGAAGCCGGUAUCCAUAAUCCAGUCGAUCUUGAAGGAUUUCGGAUUAAAUGGAGGGAAGGAAUGA